AAAGCCACUCAGGGCUGAAAUGUGAUGGAUCUUCCAGGCUGAUCUCAGACUUGCCCCAAACUUAGGAAGAGUGAAAGCAGAAGAGAGAGAGAGAGAGAGGGAGAGAGGGGGAGAGAGAGAGAGAGAGAGGGAAAGAGAGAGACAGAGGGGGGAUCAGUGAGCACGGGACUGCUGCAACUACAAGCCUCCCAGGACUGCCUUCCCAAACUUUUAUCUGACUCUCUGCACAGCACUCAACUCCUGCAAAACCAGCCCGAACCUUCUACCAGGGACACAUGGAGGACUUAUACUGACUUCACGUGGUGGACCAAAUGCGUGGAUGUAAAUGCCAAGGCAGAGAGACUUAGGAUCUGGUCUGGAGAUUGUGCAGUGAAGGAGCUGUGGGGAAGCUGCAAGCUGUGGUAGGAGUUGAACGUGGUGGGCCUAUCGUUAUACUGGAGCGGAUCCAGUGCCAAGAGCAAAGUGCUGGCUAGUGUGAUUUGAGAAGAUUGGCAAUAUGGGUAGCAAAGCCCUUCCAGCCCCCAUCCCUGUGCAUCCUUCCUUGCAACUGACAAACUAUUCAUUUCUGCAGGCUGUCAACACCUUCCCAGCAGCUGUAGACCAUCUGCAGGGACUUUAUGGACUCAGUGCUGUACAGACAAUGCACAUGAAUCAUUGGACUUUGGGCUACCCCAAUCUGCACGGCAUUACCAGGUCCACCAUUACUGAGAUGGCAGCUGCUCAAGGCCUGAUGGACGCCAGAUUUUCUUUCCCUGCCUUACCCUUUGCCACUCAUCUCUUUCACCCAAAACAAGGAACCAUUGCUCAUGUCAUCCCAGCCCUGCACAAGGACAGGCCCAGAUUUGACUUUGCCAAUUUGGCCAUUGCUGCAACCCAGGAGGACCCACCCAAGAUAGGUGAUCUGGCCAAGCUUAGCCCAGGGCUUGGAAGCUCUCUAUCGGAGAUCAGCAAACUGUCCCCAGACAGGAAACCUUCCCGAGGGAGGUUACCAUCCAAAACCAAAAAAGAGUUUAUCUGCAAGUUUUGUGGAAGACAUUUUACUAAGUCCUACAACUUGCUCAUCCAUGAAAGGACCCAUACAGAUGAAAGGCCUUACACGUGUGAUAUAUGCCACAAAGCCUUCAGGAGACAGGACCACCUGAGAGACCACAGAUAUAUCCAUUCCAAAGAAAAACCCUUCAAGUGUCAAGAAUGUGGGAAGGGAUUCUGUCAAUCAAGGACUCUGGCAGUACAUAAAACCCUACACAUGCAGGAAUCACCCCACAAAUGCCCCACAUGUGGAAGGACAUUUAAUCAGAGAAGUAAUCUGAAAACUCACCUUCUUACCCAUACAGACAUCAAGCCCUACAAUUGUGAGCAGUGCGGCAAAGUAUUCAGGAGAAACUGCGACCUGCGAAGGCACAGUCUGACACACAGCCCAAGGCAAGACUACUAGAGUCGGACACAGAGCCCCACCCACCUACUUGAGUCGGACAAGAGCUCCUCCCACCCACUUGAGUUUGAAACAAGAGCCUCGCCCCUUCACAUAAACUGCCCCAACUUCAAGGACGGGCAUGCAGUGUCGGGGGAUAGGACUAACGGGAACUUUUUGCUUGGACUUGCUUUGCGGACUGGACUUUUCUGAUCAACAAUACAGCCAGACUGAAGCCUGCUCUCGCCUUUUGUACAGAUAAAAAGCUCAUUUUAGAGCUGUGUAUAUAAGUACUAUUGUGUUUUUUAUUAUUAUUGUUCAGUUUUGAUGCACAGUGGUACAGAGUUUUUUUGUUUUUUUUCCGAGAAAAUGCCUUAAAACUGUAAGUCAAAAAUAAAAAUAUAAUUUUUUUCAA